GUUUGACAGGUUCUUUCUUUUGCCUUCUCUUCAUUUUGCGAAGUCAAAAGUGCUUGUUCUCUUUGAGCUAAGGCCUGUAGGCGACUUGCACGAAAUUUAUUAAAAAAUGGCAUCCAAGGCUGAAUUAGCUUGUGUUUACGCUGCUCUCAUCCUGGUAGAUGAUGAGGUCGCUGUUACUGGCGAGAAGAUCUCUACCAUCCUCAAGGCGGCCGCCGUCGACGUCGAGCCAUACUGGCCCGGUCUGUUCGCUAAGGCCCUGGAAGGCGUGAACGUCCGCGAGCUGAUCACCAACAUCGGAUCAGGCGUGGGUGCUGCGCCGGCUGCAGCCGCUCCGGCCGCGGGCGCCGCCGCCGCCGCUCCGGCCGCCGAGGCUAAGGAAGAGAAGAAGAAGGAGGAGGAACCUGAAGAGUCUGAUGACGACAUGGGCUUCGGUCUCUUUGACUAAAAAGCUUAGCCUAAAGCUGAAUUCCACUGAGCUUUAUGAAGCUUAUUUAGUUUUAAGAAAAGUAACUUUAUAAUAAAGUUAAGAAAACCGAA